AACACCGCCCUGAAGGUGGGGAGGGAAGAGCAUGACAAGAUGCACACCGGUGCCAAGAAUCUCGAGACGGAAUUAAAAGUCCUGGACCAGCAAGAAGAAGACGUGCGAGAGAAGGUGACGGACUCCUUCCGUAAACUCAAGGAGCUGGUGGAUAAACGUGAAGGAGAGGUGUUGGAGGAGCUGGAGAGGGUGGGCAGGGAGAGGAAGGGCGCAAUGUUUCUGGCCCAUGCAGAGAUAACACAAGGCAUGAAGAAACUGGAGGGGUUCUGCCAGUUCACGGACACGCUCGUGAGUCAGGCCAGCCCAGCGUACGGCCUGACUCACUACAACCUGGUCGCACAUCAGUAUCAGAACCUCCGCGACACCAACCCUUCGUCCGAGCACAUGCAGGCCGACCUGAAGCUGAACUGGAACCAAGAUGAGAUCACAGCUGCUCUUGGUAGAAUCACUAUCGUGGACACACACAAGCCGACGGAGAUGCCGACCGUACCAGAACACUGGUGGAAUGGCAGUAACAACCUGGAUGUCAACGGCAGCGAGAGUAAGGAUGACGACAGGCGUCACAGCUGGAGCGGAGUGGUGAAGGCAGGACUGGCCCAUGACACACAGGCGUCCCCGACUGCUGUGAACAACCUGAACACCCCCGACACUGAUAGUGGGGCAAGCAGUGGAGACGACAACAUUGACUCACCAGCACAGGUGGUACGAGGCGCACAUCAUGACAAGCUACAGAAGGAAAAGGAUAAGAAGAAGCCCCCAGAGAAGCCCCAGUCCCCCCGUAAGGUGUCAGCGCUGCAGAAGUUUGGCACCCCCGGAGGCGGGGCAGGGCAGUUUCUCUUCCCACACUCGAUCUGUGCCGGACACAAUGGACUGCUGUACAUCAGCGAUGGGCAGAACCACAGGAUACAAGUGUUUGACAGGCAGGGUAAGUCCCUGUUCACAUUUGGAAAGAAAGGUAAAGGCCGUGGCAUGUUCAUCCAGCCGACCUACCUCGCUGUGUCUCCUGACGAUCACCUGUUCGUUAGGGACAAGGGCUCCAAACGGGUGCAGGAGUUCAGCAACAAGGGACAGUUCAUUAACCAGUUCUUCAUGGAUAAUCUACAUGAGGCGAGGGGAAUGGCUUGUGACAGCCGGGGCCGGAUCCUGAUCGUGGAUAAGGGUGAUAACGGGUACCACCAGGGCGUGGCGUUCUACAGCUCGUCCGGCGCACUGCUGAAGAAAGUCUCCUGCCCGAACAUCCCCAAGAUGACCGUGUACGCCAACCCGGUGGGCACCAACUCCGACAAUGAAAUCUUCGUCUGCGACCACGUGGGGCACUGCCUGCGCGUGUACAACGAGCACGGGCGCUACGUGCGCCAAGUGGGCGGCGAGGCCAACAUCGACGUGCUGAUGGGCGUGCUGAUCGACCGCGACGACAACAUCAUCGUGCUGAACGGCAUCACCACGGUAACGGGACACAACUGCAUCGACGAGCUGGUGAGGUUCCGUAAGGAUGGCUCGCUGCUGGAUAAGAUCGCCCUGUGCCCCUCCAAACAGUCCAUCAACACACUUAACCUGUUGGAUGGGCAGUAUCCUGUUGGCAUCUCUAACUCCAAAAACUGGUGUCUGUUGUAUGAUCGUAUCUAACCUCAUGCUUCGUUUUUCAUGACCGUUGCUUUCUCUUUCUUUGCCACUCUCAGGUCAUCCGUGUUUCAAGUACACAUGGACCACUACAAUCAAGGUUUAUAUGUUUACCUCAGGCCUUUUUUUUUUUCAAAAAGUUUUGUGCAGUAAAGAUUUGAAGGAAGUGUACAAGCAACUUAAGAAGAAUUAGUACCAUUGUCUAAUACUUACCCGUAGACCUUAUUGUAUUAUCAGAAAGUUUGAACUUGUUGGAAAGCUGAAGACGUGUUUAGAAAGGGUAGAUCAACUUUGUGUGUUACAUUGACACAUAGAACACAUGCGAACAUGCACAUAAGCAGAAUCUGAACUCUGACAAGAUAUCUCAUAAUAUGGCUGUGUUACAAUACACAUGGAGACAGCACAGAAGUACACAGGAGAAGGAGUUCCAGAGUUAUGUAUUUUGCAUGUAAACAUACUGUUUUGCAAACAAACUUACAUAGCAGCCACAUUCUGUGCAAAUUAAACAGUUUAGAAGGUAAUUUCACCAUUCUAGAUUGAAUAUGGCAGUAGAUGACAGUCUUGUUUUUCUCACAUUUGUAAGAGAGGAGAUGCUGAAAUACUGAUGUUUUGAAUGCUUGAUUCAGAAGCAGCCAAUGACUUGUGCUAAAGGUUUCAAACUUGUCAUUGCACAUCACAUGGAGACUAUAUUAUAUCUAUAAGGAUGUAUUACAGAAACAGCUUUAUCAAUGUCUGUAAAGCCAAACUUAAGGUGAUAAAAAAGAAUUGUUACUAUUCAUGGAAAACUUCUCAACAGCUGACAGCUGUCUUGUAAACCCUUAUAGGGCAACAGCUUUCUAUUACCCUCUUACCUCAGGCAGUAUCUUGACUUAUUGAAUUGUCUUAUUGAAUUCUAAUUAGUCCUCUUUUUGUUUCAUACCUGCAAGACAUCACAUACGUUAAGAUAUGAAAGGCCUUUUGUAUCAAUCUCCCUCAAAAUGUUAUGAAAUGUUUCGAUAGACGGGCCAACUUGCAGCACAUGUUGUCACAUUUGCUUCAGCACACAUAAGGAACAAACAAGGCUUUGCACACUUGUCAAAUAACUUAACAUAAAGCUUCACAUAUGAACUAUACUGUUGUAACAGUUGUAGGGUUAACAAAAACAUCAUGAAAAUGUUGAUGUGCAUUCAAACAAUUCAUGUUAUGAAUAGUUAACAAUGCUGAGACACAAACCAAUACAUGUUUUAAAUGUGAUGGCAGAAUAUUGUUGGGUUAGAUUUCCUUAUAGAUAUUUUCAUGUCCCCCUGUUUCUUCAUUCCCUACACCCUUUAAAUGCCUUCUUAAGUCCUCCCAUAUUUCUAUGACAGUGCAGUACCAUUUUCCUGUAUUAGGUGGAGAUAUUACACAUUGGAAGUAGCUGUCUAGUUUUGUAUUCACAACUGCUUCAGAAUAUUUGGAUCUGUGUACAUUCUAUGUACCUCUCAGAGAGAGAGGGAUACUAAACAAAGGUGAAGAGUGUUAGCCAUAAGAUGGCAAGCUGUGUCACAAAGCAGUUUCACAGUAAAGAAAUGACUUGUGCAAAUGUUUUGGAAAAAGUCCUAGAUUAGCUUUCAUUCUGUAUCUAUAUAGCCGGUAUAACCGCCCUUCAGCAUAACACACCAGCUAUGUUAUCUUUGUAACACACCAGACCUCAUUUCAUUUGUAAGCAGUACUGUUCUUAGUAUUACAUGAUAUGACCUAUUGAAAAAGAGAAUGUGUAAUAAGUGGAUGGGUUUGUCACCAGACUCACCCUCUUGAGUUACCUUUUGGUUUAGCCUCUUCACUUCAUGAACUUUGUAGAAUUUCAGUUGUUAGCAUUUCUGUAGCUGAUAGAAAGUUUUUGUUUACCUUGUUAUUUGAAAAUAGCUAUUAGAACAUUUGUAGCCAGACAUUUUUGCUCUUGUUAGUGCUAUAAGACAAUGCAUGUGAUAAUAUCAAAGUAAAGAAUUUUUUCACAUGCUGUGUCGG